AUGCGACAUCUAACUGCUAUGCUGUGGUCUUCCUGGUCGUUUACCAUACAGCCAAGACCGUUCUGUGCGCUGAUCGAGUCUGGAGAAGUUGCUGUAGAUCUUCCUACAGUAGGAGCUGGCAAGGAGAAUCGUGUCAUCGACAUAUUGGAUGUUAUUGAUGCGAGAGCACCGCACACUCUUCUUGGCAAAACUCGCCGCCCGCGAACCGCCUUCACGUCUCAACAGCUGCUGGAGCUGGAGAAGCAGUUCCGACUGAACAAAUACCUUUCAAGACCUAAAAGAUUUGAGGUGGCUACCAGUUUGAUGCUGACUGAAACACAGGUGAAAAUUUGGUUUCAAAACCGAAGAAUGAAGUGGAAACGAUCAAAAAAAGCCCAACAGGACAACAAAAAAGACCACCAUCUGGCCGACGAGAAGAAAACCAAUAAAGAACAACCCGACAACGAUAAAGCACCUACGCAAAUGGCGGCAGAUUUGACAGCUGUCAAACCACCCAUGCUGGAUAGGGACAGAAUUAUUGCGCUAGAGAGAGAAAGAGCCAUGGCGGCGGCAAAUUUUAAUUCGAAUCAUGAAAAUAGACGAAUGGGUUUGAAUCAAGAUGGCCGACCGAUGGAUAUGUUUAGACCGUAUGUAGUAUGAAAAUAAGACAUUUUUGUUGUUUUUAUAGACAUCCCGUGUCGAUACUAUUUGAUAAAAUCUUAAAUAUUGAAUAUUAAGUUCAAUGUUUACAAUUUGCAGUGCAAAUACAAAGGUAUAUUUCUUGAAUUCCAUAUGAGUAAAAUCGAUUGAUCCAUCAUCAUUAUUUCA